GGUUCCAACAUCAAAAUUCUUGAAGAUCAGUUUGAUGAACUAAUAAUAGAGACUACAAUGAAGCGUAAGCAGUGGCCUAGAAAGAUAUUGAUGCACACUAUCCAAGCCAUGAAAGCAGAGCAAGAGAUGUUGAAGCUCUACCAGCCUUUUGUAACACCAGAAGAGAGAAGAUUGCAGCCUUCUCAAGAUGCUUACAUCGCAGAUCUGAAGCAGCUGACUGAAGUGGCAUCCAGACAGAUCAGUGGAGCAAUGCAGUCUCUCCCGGCACUGAUAGAAAGAGCAGAAGGUUUUUCCCAAGCGUUAACUUGGCAACCAACCUUGGAACUCUGCAAGCUGCGGCAAGAAGUCUUUGCUGGUUGCAAGGCAAAGGAGGAAAAGAGCGUCCAAAACUUUGUAUCUCCAGGAGAAGUCACACCAACAGAUGCUAGUACCAGAAAAAAUCCUUAUGUUUUGCUGAAAAGAAAAAAAGUUGUGGGUUCACCAGAAAGAAGAUGCUACCCACUUCGACAGAGGAAGAUUAAUCUCAGUGUGUGA